CAGUUCAGGAGACCGGCGCCGGGCUCUCCACAGCCAGAAUACCGUCUCACCACGCUUUGGGCCCGGAGGCCGCCGCUACCCAUGUUGGACCACCACCCAAGUGGGGAUUUCGGCUGAUUGUCGGAAUGCCGACCUCCGGUAUUUCACCGGGUGUUGGGAUCCCGACAACCUGAAAUCUGAAUGCCUCCCGAUUAUUCAUCUGCCUGCCUCUUUAUCAGUGGCCUCACUGUCUGAAAUGCCCCGGGACCCCCAUAACCUUAAUCCGGCUGUUUUCUAGCUCUGGUCUAAGCAUUAUAGUACAGUCUGUACUGUAUUCUAUUUCUGGUCUGCUGUCCGCUAUAUAACACCGUCCGCACUGUACUGCGCAGCGCUCAGCACUGUGUUCUGGGUAGCUGUGCUCUGUUACACCGCCUGCCUGUACUGUGUCCUCUGCCUGCCUUCCCGUGCACACAGCAUCCCGGUAGAGGCUAGAUCCCACAGCAUCCCUGGCUCCAGCAGCCGGGUUAGGAGGAGGCGGCGCUUGCUGCGGUUUGCUGUCAGUCAGACCGGAGUAGAGCGGCUGCUGGUGUGAUACAGAGACUGGGUGCCGGGCCCUGCAGAAGGAUGACUGGAGCACCUCCAAGCUAUUGUUUUGUGGCCUUUCCACCCCGUACCAAAAAAGACCAGAUAUUGUUUGGUAAGAACUCAGCGCGACCCAGAGAUGAAGUUCAAGAGGUGCUGUAUGUCCCAUCUAGCAGUCAUGAAGCUGGAAGUCGAGUCCAGUGCACCUACCUUGCAAUUGACCAAGUGGGCAAGACUCAUUCUGUAAUACUUAGUAAGCCAGCCUGGAUGUGGGGAGCUGAGAUGGGAGCCAACGAAUGUGGAGUCUGCAUUGGUAAUGUGGCUGUUAUUACAAGAGAGGCUGCUGAUGACACCAAGUUACUACUAGGGAUGGAUCUUGUCCGGCUUGGACUUGAACGAGGAGCAAAUGCCAAAGAGGCUCUUGAUGCAAUCGUGUCUUUAAUAGAAGAGCAUGGUCAAGGAGGAAGCAUGUUCCAGGCGGGAAGCCCAGGAUUCCACAAUGCCUUUCUGAUUGUAGACAGAGCAGAAGCCUGGCUCCUGGAGACAGUCGGGAAAUACUGGGCUGCUGAGAAGAUCACAGACGGUGUGAGAUGUAUCUGCAAUCAUUUAUCACUGAAGACACAGCUAGAUCUGGAGCACCCAGAGCUUCAGAGUCACGUGAAGAGCCAGGGCUGGUGGAGCGGAGAUAAGGAGUUUAACUUCUCUGAAGUGUUUUCACAAGAUGAGAAUGGAGAUGAUUGUUUGGGGAGAGAGGCUGUGGAGAGUCAUGAAGAAUUGCUGACCAUGGAAUCAGUGAUGAAUGUUCUUCGUAAUAAAAGUAAUGGAAUCAAUGUAGACUCUGCUACCUUCCUUACUACAGCCAGUGCAGUGUCUGUCUUACCUCAGGAUGGGAAACGGCCCUGUAUUCACUUUCUUACUGGCACACCGGAUCCAUCGAGAUCCAUAUUUAAACCCUUUAUCUUUGUGGAAGAUGUAACAGCCGUCCCAAAAGCCCAGUCAUCUUGUGCAGAAGGAAAACCUUGCCAUCAUGAACAUACAGAAUGGAAACAUGAGCUCUAUGAAGCACAUCAAUGUGCUCUUUCCCUAAUGGACAGGGAAAAGGAGGAAGGUGAUAAACUUCUGAACACAAUGCUAGGUUUGGAGAAACAAGGUUUGGAUGCCAUGGAAGACAUACUCAAUAGCUCUAAUCCAUUAGACUCUGCAGAAGUAGUGGACCUGUUCUAUGACUGUGUGGACACAGAAAUAAAAUUCUACAAGUGAGAUACCAUGGACAUGACUCAGCUUCCUUCCUGAAAGAAGAUCACGUGACUUGACAAAUGCAGGCUUCUCCAUGUGGCAGCGUGACCAGUUGUCUGUCCCCUGUGUAGCUCUGCGUUUCACGGUGGUAUUGUGUAUUUGUGCAGGGAAUAGAUUCAGCCUGGUGUGCUCUGUGCAUGUAGAUUAAGAGAGCUCACUGUGUGCGCUAACAUAUAACUGAUAAAUAUAUUCUAUUAAAACAAUAUCAUUGAAGACAUAUCAGAGGUGUGUUAAGUAGAUAUGAGAAAACCAGUUUGAAUAGAAUUGUAUAAUGUUUGUAGGAUAUAAGUAAUGAAUCAGUGAUUUGUAAUUGAAUUAGAUCUUCAGGAAGGAUUUGAAUAACGGCAUUUUAAAAGUAUAUGUAAUAUGGUUUGGAUUAUUUUACACUACACUAACCAACCUGUAAUUCUAAUUAAAUGCAUCUUCAAAAUAAAAAUAAAAAAAU